GCCAUGCGUGCCUCCGCUUCAGCCUCCAUCUUCUCCAGAGCAUCUAUGAUGUGGCUGGAUGACCUUCUAGAGGAUGCUAACCCUGAUCCUGUCACUCUCAGAAGAGCACUAUUGAAAUUGCGUAAGACAGCAGCUUUUGUGGCCGAUGCCACUUUGGAUGCCACUCAAUUAGGGGCACGAGCCAUGAUGGCUCAAAUAGUCGCUCGUCGCACCCUCUGGCUUCGCCACUGGCAAGCUGAUUCAGCGGCCAGAUUGAAUCUGUCCAGGGCUCCUUACUCCGGAUCUCUACUCUUCGGCGAGGAAGCUCUAAAGGCAGUGCUGGUUGAUCCAAAAGACGCCCAAAAACCGGUUCUGGCCACAGUCAAGAACAGCGACCACAGGCCCUUCAGGCGAUUUCCUUCCUUCCGUUCUAACCAGCCCUUUCGAGGAACGCGGCCAGGAGGACGAGGCCGCGACUUCAGACCCUAUGACCCCAACGCAUUCAGGGGCUCCUGGAACCGACGCUUCCAGGGCAGAGGCCUACGGCUGGCUUGUCAACUUCGACAAAAGCCAUCUCCAACCAACCCAACGCCUACUACAUCUAGGGGUAAUGUUGGACACCCUGCAGGUAAUGGUCUUCUUGGCUCCAGAUCGCAUCACUGCCAUCACAAGCAUCGCAAGGUCCCUGAUGCAACAAACAUCCGCAGACGUCAUGGUUCUCGCCAGAGCGCUCGGGAUGUUUAUAUCUACAAUCCACAUUGUGCCAUGGGCUCGAGCCCACACUCGGCCCCUUCAAUGGAUUCUGUUGCCUUUUCAAAAAGACAUUGCCAGCUCCAACCAUCGCAAAGUUCGUUUGAGCCCCGCACUGCGCCUCUCCUUCCGCUGGUGGACCAAGGUUCAACACCUCUCCAAGGGCACGUCGUUCAGAGAACCCCGCAGAACUGUUGUAACCACAGAUGCCAGCCUCAUAGGUUGGGGAGCCCACUGCAACUCCCAGUACAUUCAGGGGGUUUGGUCCAAUGCAGAGCAAUCCCAAAGCAUCAACUGGCUGGAACUAAAGGCUGUCCACUUAGCUCUAUGUCAUUUUCAGUCUCUGUUCCCUUUGCAUCAUGUGCUCAUUCGAACAGACAACACGUGUGUAAAAUCACAUUUGAACAGACAGGGGGGCACCAGGUCUCGUCCUCUGCAGGACUUAGCCUCCCUUAUCUUUGUCUGGGCAGAACAACAUCUACAAUCCCUGAAAGCAGAACACCUCAGAGGGAUUUGGAAUGUGACAGCAGACUGGCUCAGCAGACAACAGGUCUUUCCGGGAGAAUGGAAACUCCAUCCAGCCAUUUUCCAUCGUCUCCAGUGUCGGUUCGGCGCCCUCUCAGUCGACCUGUUUGCUUCCAGUCGCAAUUGCCAGCUUCCCAGGUACUUUGCCCGAUACCUGGACUCAACAGCAGAAGCAGUGGAUGCUCUGACAACACCGUGGCCAGACGGUCUAUUGUACGCCUUUCCUCCCAUACCAUUGUUAGCCAAAACCUUGAGGAAGGCGCGAACCGAAAGGGCACAGCUGGUUCUGAUAGCACCAUUUUGGCCACGCCGACCGUGGUUCUCAGAUCUUCUGGCAAUGUCGAUGAUGGAUCCUUGGACACUUCCAGUAAGGCCAGACCUUCUAUCCCAGGGGCCAGUACUGCACCAGGACCCUACUUGGUUCAAUCUAACAGCGUGGCGUUUGAACGGGGACAUUUGAGGUCAGCUGGACUGUCUGACGCUGUGAUUGAUAUUAUUUUGGCCUCGAGAAGACCAUCUACCACCCGUAUUUAUCAACAUACCUGGGUGGCUUUCUCCAAUUGGUGUCAGUCCCACCACCAUGAUCCAUCCCAGGCCACUGUGCAUCAGGUGCUCCAAUUUCUCCAUAGCGGCUUUAUGAUGGGACUUCGACCCAACACUCUACGUCGACAUGCGUCCACUCUGUCGUCCAUUCUCUCAGUGUCCUCUCCUGGAGAUCAUAUUUCCUCAUAUCCGUUCAUCAAACGUUUUUUGAGGGGAGUCGCCCUACGCUCUCCGGCUGUUGUCCAUCGGUUUCCCUCAUGGAGUUUGCUGAAGGUUCUGCAGGCUUUGCAACGUCCUCCGUUUGAACCCAUCAGGAUUGUGCCUCUUCGUAUACUGUCCUUCAAGGUCUUGUUCCUGAUCGCAAUCACAUCUGCCAGACGAGUUUCGGAGUUGGGCGCAUUGUCUUCUGCUCGCCAUCUCUGCGUCUUCCAUAAGGACUCUGUUGUACUGAAGACUGAUCCUUCCUUCCGUCCCAAGGUUGAUUCAGUGUUCCAUUGCAACCAGGACAUUGUUUUGCCUUCCUUUUGCCCGAAUCCUACCCAUCCUCUCGAGAAGGCUUGGCAUUCGUUGGAUGUCCGGAGGGCUCUCAAGACCUACCUGUCUAGGACCCAGGAUAUACGACGAACUGAGUCUCUGUUUGUAUCCUUUCAUCCAAGGUCUAUGGGGCAUAAAGUUUCCAAUCCUACCUUAUCCCGUUGGUUAAGGGCAUGUAUUACUUUAGCAUAUGAGUCUCUGAAGCUGUCAGUUCCAGCUAGUAUAACGGCUCAUUCUACCAGGUCAGCUGCCACUUCGGCUGCUUUUGCCACUAAUGCUCCUGUUGCUGAUAUUUGUAGGGCUGCAGUCUGGUCUACCCCACACUCGUUUAUAAGGCAUUAUAAAAUUGAUUGUUAUGCAUCUGCUGACGCAUCUUUCGGCAGACGAGUGUUGCAACAGGUUCUUAAUGAGGAUUAACACGUGGGUGGUCCCUCCCUGUAUGGGCUGCUGGGGUACAUCCCGUUGGGAUGGCCGGACUCAUAGGGAAAAUGGACCAUUGGUCUCACCUGAAGGGUGAUUGUCCUAUGAGGACGGACAUCACGACCCUCCCAGUUGGAGGAUGACUAUAUAUUUUCUAAUGUAUUAUAUGUUACUGUUACGCUAUUAUAUUUAAAUUUAAGAGUGAAGUCAAGACUUCUAGUUCUGUUAUACCGCUAUGUUGGAGUCAUAUCACUAUGCAUGGUACUAUUGUGUUAUUUUCCUGCUGCCAGGCCGGUUGGCCUUGUUCUUGUAUUUUUAGAUAUUUCUCCUUAGACUCGCUGCGAAUGAACUGGAGAGUGGGAGGGGCCUGACGCCCCUAGUCUUGACUUCAAAGACAUUCUUGCCUUCGCACGAUAGGUGGAGCUAAAACCGUUGUGAUGUCCGUCCUCAUAGGAAAAUCACCCUUCAGGUGAGACCAAUGGUCCAAUCUUGCUAAUAUUGAAUUGCUUCAUUAGAUAGCAAAAUAAUAUAUAUUAUGCAUCAUUCAUUCAGUUAUUCAGUCAUUGCAUUUCUAAAUUGCCCUUCCUCCCAAAGGAGCUUAGGGUGAUGUUCAAAAUACAUAUGAUAAAAAAGACAUUACAGUAACCAACAUACUUUAAAAUAUUUAUAAAAUUCAGAACCCUUAAACACACCAAAACCAUCUACAGCUAUUAGGUAUUAAAACGACCUAACCUCCGUUUAUAAAAGCCUGAGUAAACAAAAACAUAUUCAACUGAUUCUGAACGUAACACAAGGAGCAAAACAUAUCUCCAAGAGGAGGGCAUUUCAGAGUUGGAAGCCCUUGUCACAUGUCCCCAUACUAUGAAUCCUUUGGAGGGGCACAAGCUGACCUUAAUGAUUAACUUGGGUUGUAUUGUGGAAGGUACUCCUACAGAUACAGUUUAUAGGCCUCAAACCAUUUAGGGUCUUAGAUGCCAUUACUAGCACCUUGAAUCAGCCCUGAUAGCACACUGACUGGCUGCCCCACUUUAAUAAGCAGGCAGCUUAAUUUUGCACUAGUUGCAGCUUCCAGACAGCCUGCAAGGACAGCCCCAGAUAUAAUGCGUCACAGUAAUCUGAAAGCAAAGUCACUGGAGCAUGGAUUACUGAUGCCAGACUAUCUAAAUGCAGGAAUUGCCAUAUCUGGUGAACCAACUGUAGCUGGAAAUAGGCACUGUUUUUCUUCAGAAAAGAUUUCUAUACUCCAGUAAAAUCUUUCAAAAUUCUGCUGGGUUAUUUGUGCAGUUCAUAUGUAUUGGUAAUGCAUGUUUGUAUUUUGAAUUACAUUGACAAAUGCUUAUAGAGUUUAUGUGGUAGUAAGCAUUAUGUUACCAAAAUAUUUCAUCUUCAAAGAUUAAGUAAUAGAGGAACCAGUUGGGGUGGUUUUCCCCACAUGGCUGCUUAACAACUUCCUUUUGUUUCAGCUGAAGCUUAAUGCAGGUUCUAUUGAAGUGGGUUUAUUUUGCUUACUUGGCUUGGAACAAAUAGCCUUUUAAUAACAUGUAGAAAGCUAUUAAAAUACCCCACACAGAUGCAGUAAAAUCAGUAUCUCCCCCCCCCCCAAAAUCAGGCAACUUCACAGUCUCUUUGAGGCUGAAGUAAUGUUCUCAGAAUUUCAGUGGAUUGGUCAACAGAAAGUUGCUACCUCUUCCUAAGGACAAAGAAAAUUCUAACUGAAAUAGUGCCUUUAUGCCGUUAGUCGCCUGUUUUUGUUCUAAUUGCAGAGAAAGGAAGACUAAUAUUUCUGUGUUCAACCAUUUUGUACAUUUAAACAGUAUUUUAUGUUUUGUUUCAUUAGAAUAUUAAGUGAAGUGAGCCUAACAUGACGUGGGUGCUGCAGAAAUUGAAAUAUAACUGCCUACAAUCUGAUAUCGUAGGGAAGCAGCCCCUGAAAAUAUUUUAGCCAUGUAAUUUAUUUAAGUACUGUGGUGCUUUGUCACCCACCCACUUCCCACUAACUUCCCCAGAAUCUCAUAGCUCUGAGACAAGACUGAAGAAGGUUUUUCAUAUGCUGGACUUUGACAUUCUUCUGCUAAGAAGACCUCACCCAUCCUGUCCCAAGUGUAUUUUUGUCAAAACAUAGCAACAAUGCAACACAUGUUUUUACGUGCUCGCUUAGAACUACCUCCAGAUAUCUUGGUUAUGAUUAAAGACAAGAUUGUUUUUAGUUACAACUGGAGUGCUUUGUCAGUCCUUUAUAAAACAGAUAGUAGUUAGUUACUUU